CCAGGGCGCAGCGCAUGGAGCGUGGGCGGCGGGGGUCUCCGGGCUGAGCCGCGCGGAGCGGCAGGGACGUGGAUGCGGCCGCGCUCUCCCGCCCCCGCCCCGCCGAGCAGUAGCUGCUCCCGGACAAGAUAUGAGAAAUGAGUGUUGGACGUCGAAGGAUAAAGUUGUUGGGUAUCCUGAUGAUGGUAAAUGCCUUCAUUUAUUUGAUUGUGGAAGUCUCCAAAAGCAAUAGCCAAGAAAAAAAUGGGAAGGGGGAAGUAAUAAUACCCAAAGAAAAGUUCUGGAAGAUAUCCAGCCCUCCUGUGGCGUACUGGAACCGAGAGCAAGAAAAACUGAACAAGCGGUACAAUCCCAUUUUGAGCAUGUUGGGCAACCAGACAGGUGAAGGGUACGGGUUUUCCAAUAUAAGCCAUCUGAACUAUUGCGAGCCUGACCUGACGGUGACAUCAGUAGUAACAGGUUUUAACAAUUUGCCGGACAGAUUUAAAGACUUUCUGCUCUAUUUGAGAUGUCGAAAUUAUUCAUUGAUUAUAGAUCAACCGGAUAAGUGUGCAAAGAAACCCUUCUUAUUGCUGGCAAUUAAGUCCCUUACCCCACAUUUUGCUAGAAGGCAAGCCAUUCGAGAAUCUUGGGGCAGAGAAACCAAUGCAGGGAACCAAACGGUGGUGCGAGUCUUCUUGCUGGGCCAGACCCCACCAGAGGACAACCAUCCUGACCUUUCAGAUAUGCUGAAAUUUGAGAGUGAGAAGCACCAAGAUAUUCUUAUGUGGAACUACCGGGACACUUUCUUCAACUUGUCUCUGAAGGAAGUGCUGUUCCUCAGGUGGGUGAGCACUUCCUGCCCGAAUGCGGAGUUUGUUUUCAAGGGCGACGAUGAUGUCUUUGUGAACACCCAUCACAUCCUGAAUUACUUGAAUAGCUUAUCAAAGAACAAAGCCAAAGAUUUGUUUAUAGGUGAUGUGAUCCACAAUGCUGGACCUCAUCGGGAUAAGAAACUGAAGUACUACAUCCCAGAAGUUGUUUACUCUGGCGUCUACCCACCUUACGCGGGGGGAGGUGGCUUCCUCUACUCCGGCCACCUGGCCCUGAGGCUGUACAAUAUAACUGACCGGGUCCAUCUCUACCCCAUUGACGACGUUUAUACUGGAAUGUGCCUUCAGAAACUUGGCCUCGUUCCAGAGAAACACAAAGGCUUCAGAACAUUUGAUAUAGAAGAGAAAAAUAAGAAUAAUAUUUGUUCCUAUGUAGACCUGAUGUUAGUACAUAGUAGAAAACCCCAAGAGAUGAUUGAUAUUUGGUCUCGGUUACAGAGUGCUCAUUUAAAAUGUUAAAAUAUAUAUUAAGUAAAUUUUGCGUAGGAAGACAUAUCUUGAAUAGCUUCCAUGUUGUGUUCUCACGUUAGGGUUAUUUCUAUGCUAAACCAUCCAGAUUGCCUUUGGGUAUCUCUUUGAGGGCCUCUAAGCCCUUCAAUUUGAUACUUUUCUGAAGAGGGAGAGAAGAAUGUAAUUUCUAACGGAGGAUAUGGUGAGAUAAUUGAUUACGAUCCUCCUGCUGACUGGUGGUCAUUAUUUUCUAAUUUGUCCUCCCUUUGCAUCUGAAAUCCUAAGUUAUUUUUGUUUUGCCCUCAUAUGAUGAUAUUCCUACUUUCCUUUUUAAUGAUUGGUUUAUCUGUGUUUUAGGUGUUGAUAAAUUGAUUGGCUCCAAAGACUUUGUUGUACAUGGUUCAGUGGCUUCUGUGAAAUGAAAUGAAAUUUAUUGUCAUGAAUUUUGGAUGAAUUUUAAAUUGUCUAGAAAAAUUGACUUCUGUCAAAGUUUCUUCCCCCCCCAACAGUAUUUUCUUGUGUUAAUCUAAUCAAGUUCAUUUUGCAAAAUGAGAAUGACCAUGUGACACUCGUAGGGUUUAUCUUGUUAUGGUCUUAUGUUCAUAGUAAGGAGAGAAAAUUUAAUUUUUUAUGUGUGUUUGGUUUGCUGGGUGGUAUCAUGAUAAUUCUUUAAUUUUAGUAUUUGACAAUAACAAGUAUGAUUCCUUAGGGGCCAACUGAAGAUGAAUUGCCCCUGGCAACCAUGUUGGGUUUAUGAUAUUAAAAGAGUGGACCAGGAAAGCCCAUGUAACUUUGGAGCUUUAAGUGGAAAGAUUAAAGCUGCAGACCUUUUCAUGAGUGGUUUGUCAGUUUAAAACUCCAGGAUUCUAUUCUUGCCAUAUUUUCACACGUUGCUUAUACAAAAUUCUUAUUCUAAAUAGUGACUGCUUCCCUGUCUCAGUGUAGAAGUGCCUGUGUUUUUAUUUAUUGUUCAGAUCAAAGACCAAAACAUUUUCUUAAAUAUAUUUUGUGUAAUACUUUAUUUGUAUACAGUGUUGUUGAUGAAAUAUUUAACUAGAGCAUGGUAUUUUAAAUGUUAAGGUGUAACAUAUGUUAAAUAAAGCUAACUGUUAUUUUUUAAUUUUAAAAUUCAUUUUUGGGGGGUAUGAACUACUAUACUAGAGUUGAUAAAAUUCUGCCAGCCUGUUGCUUAUACGGAAACCCUGGUGGCACAGUGGUUAAGUGCUACAGCUGCUAACCAAAGGGUUGGCAGUUUAAAUCCUCCAGGCACUCCUUGGAAACUCUAUGGGGGCAGUUCUACCCUGUCCUAUAGGGUCGUUAUGAGUUGAAAUCGACUUGACAGCAACGGGUUUGGGUUUGAUUUUGUUGCUUAUAUAUACUGUCUUGUAACAUGCUUUCUUGAAAUAUUUUUGUGGUUAUAGAGAUGAGGGUUCUUAUCAGAUGGAAUAUACUGGGCCUGUAAGAAGGUGGAAAUAAAAUCACUGGGUAUUUUUAAUUAUCCCGUGUAAUGUGUGUUAGUCUGUGAUCUUUUCAGAUUAGUAUAAAAAGAUUUCCAGAAUUUUCCCAGUGCCCAUUUUUUUCCUACAUUGGAUUACAGUUUCUAAAAAGAGGCUGGUUUCCCCCAGAAACCAUUACAGUAACAUUGAACUCUUAACUUUUUGUUUAUUUCAGUGGGUCAUCUAUCUGCAUUUAAAAUUUGCAAAAGUGCUUUCCAGUUUAAAGUCUUUAAAGAGAGGUGUGAAGAUAGAUUUAUGCUUCCAUUUUGAGUAUAAAAAUAUAAUCAGAAAAAAGAAAAUGCCAAAAAAAGUGUACGUGUGUGUGUGUGUGUGUGUAAAAUUGGAAAGUGGAGCAACAUUGUGAAGACUUUUUCUGAACCAUUUCCACUUUGGGGUUUGUAGCCACAAUGACAAAACGUAGCGACAGUCUUCACCAUUAACGUUUCUUUCAGAGACUCAUGUUGAGAAGAGAUGGCACAUGUUCAAGUAAAAACAAGUAGACACUUGAUAAACUUCAAAAACAGAAGGAGGAUUAGUGUCAUGAGAAUACUUUUCACACUGCCCUCUCAUACUUGGGAUGUUGAGGCCAUAUAUGAGCAAGUUGAGGACACAGGUAUUUGCCAUGGGUGUGAAGGCUGGUGUAAGCCUGGUCUUUGUGAAGGUCUCGUGGUACCUACAUCUGACCUUUCUACUUUAGUAGCUGAACUCACAGCGAGCCCCAGUAGGUUAAAAGAAGAAUAAAGAAGCUCCAAGAACAUUCAGAGGUAAUUGGUGCACAGUUGAUAAUGUGUCUGUAUAUUUGACCAUGCCUUCUCAGGCAGUGGGUUUCUCCAAGGAAUCAGAUCUUCUGCAAGUUUUUUUUUAGCAGGUUUGGAGGGCUGCUGGGGACCUUUUUUGAGCCCUUAGUUGACCUGUGUUGUUGUUUGGACAUAAGUCCUUGGUGCUGAUGAUGUUUGGUAGAUGGAUGAUUUUUUGGUCCUUCUGUAUGUGGCAGUUCUUGUGCAGCAACUUCCCAAGCCCACAACACUCGUCAGUGCUGUACGGUGAGAAUGACCUCAUGGGCACUUCAGCAAAGAGCUUUACACAUGCUUGGGCUUAAUUGUGUAACGACUGUUCCUUAAACCCGUGAAGUCAUGUCUUGGUGGCCAUGAGAUGGAUUAUCUGUAAGCAUCACAAGUCAAAUUCAUUCUUCAAGAACCACUCAGCUGAAAUUCACAUAACAGUGGAAACGUGUUUGGACCUUUUUCUUGACUAGUACUCCUAAGUCAGGUUGGUUUUUAUAAUCAAAAAGGCCGAAUGAAUAUUGCCAGGGUGUCCUGAGUUGGAUUUCCUAGAGAAGCAAAACCAAUGAAGUGUGCAUGUGUGUGUAUAUAUAUGUAUGUAUAUAUAUAUAUGUAUAAAAAAAAAAAGUUUUUUUAUGUAUAUAUAGAGAGAGAGAUUUUAAGGAAAUGGCUCACAUGGUUGUAGAGGCUGGCAAUUAAGUUUGGCAGGCAGUGAGGCAAGCAGCUGGCUCAAGUCCCAAGAACCAGAGGUCAGAUGAUGAUGAGCCAGAUGCAGGAUCCAGAGCAAGCGAGCUUUGCUAGAACAUCCAUAUAUAUAAUGGAUGCAGGCCCCACCCCUGAGGAAGCUCCUCUUAAAACUGAUUGGCUGGUAAUAUCAGAUCACAUCCUAAAGGAUGACUACAUUAUUAUGUAACUGCCAAACCACUGAGAAUUAUGGUCCAGCCAAGUUGACACACAACCUUAACCAUCAUGGUUACCCCUUGUUAACUUGGCACCUGUACACAUCUCCUUAAACCAUGCACAAUCCAAACAAAGACAAUUAAGAAGGUGUACUUGCACCUAAACUGAACCAAGCCCAUUGCCAUUGAGUUAAUUCCAACUCACAAUGACCCUAUAGGACAGAGUAGAACUGCCCUAUAGGGUUUCCAGGGAGUGGCUGGUGGAUUUGAACUGCUGACCUCUUGGUUAGCAGCUGAGCUCUUAACCACUGCACCACCAGGAUUCCUACUAACACCUAACAUGACACAACUAACAUGCAUAAAACCAAACAUGCACUAGCCCUAUUUACUUCUUUUAUUGGUGAAGAAAACAAAUAUUUGAUGCAUACAUAAAAGGAAGAAAUAACAGUUACGUUCCUUGUUUCUGCAACUUAUCAUGUAUGUGGUCGUAACUGGUAUUUAGAACUACCUUCUUCCACCACUCAUUCUGUAUUCCUUUUACCCUCAGCAAGCUGGUUGUGGUUCUUUGCCUGGUGGGGUGACUCAAAUCUUCAUUCCUGAAGGGUCUGGGCCAUUAGUAGUCAUGUCAGAAUUGGGUUGCUAUAGUUUUCCAUUGACUUUAAUCACAGGGUAUGGUCAUACUAAGAGACACCCUAAGCGAUCUCUUUAACUCCAGACAUAACCUUUACCUCCAUUAUGCAACACCAAUCCUAUUUUCUCUUAGUAGUCAGGACCAAUCACACUGGCCGAUAUGGUAACUCCCUUCUUUACCUGUUGUUACAGAGGCAUGAGGAGCCUAGACUGGCCAUGUGGCAUGGCAAUCUUAACUUACAGUUCAGUGCAAUCAGUGAUAUGUCUCCAGGUGGGAACAUUCUUCCCUUUGGAACUAAGACCUCUAGACUCACAGAGCAUAGUGUCAUGGGGACAGGAAGCAAAAAUUUUGCAAGUGGGUCAUUAGGGUGUAAUAGUGAGUGGUGCCACCCCCAUUUCCACAUCUUGAUUGCUGGAAUCGUGAAUUCUGGCUAUGGGAGAAACAGCACCAUAUGUUGGAUGCUAGUUUAGAGCAUAUACAGUUCCUGGAGAACAUUCCCCCAAGCCUGCAAAGUACUGCCAGCUAGCUAGCACUGUAAUUAUGUUUUUAGAAGGCCAUUCCAUCAUUCUAUCAAACCAGCUACUUCAGGAUGACAGGGAACAUGGUAAUACCAGUGAAUUCCAGAAGCAUGGGCCCAUCGCCGUACUUUAUUUGCUGUGAAGUGAGUCACUACAUCUGAGGUGAUGGUGUGUGGGAUACCAUGACAGUGGAUAAGGCAUUCUGCAAGUCCAUGAAGGUAGUUUUGGCAGAGGCAUUGCAUGCAGGGAAGGCAAAUCCAUAUCUAGAAAAAGUCUGUCCCAGUAAGAAGAAAAUGCUGCCCUUUCCAUGACAGAAGUGGUCCAGUGUAAUCAACCUGCCAGUAGGUUGCUGGCUGAUUGGCUCGAGGACUGGUGCCAUGUCGGAGACCUACUGUUGGUCUCUGCUGCUGGCAGAUUGGGCAUUUGGCAGUGGCUGUAGCCAAGUAGGCCUUGGUGAGUGGAAGUCCAUGUUGCUGACCCUGCACAUAACCUCCAUCCCUGCCACCAUGGCCACUUUUACCAUUGAGCAAAGAUGGGAGUGGCUGGGGAAAAGAGGAUGAGUGGUUUCCACAGAACGUGCUAGCCUAUCCACUAGAUUGUUAAAAUCCUCCUCUGCCAAGAUCAUCCUUUGGUGAGCAUUCACACGAGACACAAAUAUGUUCACUUCUUUGGCCCAUUCAGAGAGGUCUAUCCACAUAUCUCUUCCCCAUACCUCCUUGUCACCAAUUUUCCAAUCACUUUCCAAUUUUCUGACCAUCCAGCCAAACCAUUGGCCACAGCCCAUGAAUCAGUAUAUAAUUGCAGGUAUGGCCAUUUCUCCUUCCAAGCAAAGAGAACAAACCAGGUACGCUGCUCAGAGCUCUGCCAAUUGAUAGAAUUUCCCUUCACCACUGUCCUUCAGGGAGGUCCCAGAAAAAGGCUGUAGUGCUGCAGCUGUCCACUUUCAAGUGGUGCCUGCAUUUCACACAGAACCAUCUGUAAACCGGGCACGAGUUUUCUCUUCCUCAGACAGCUGGUCGUAAGGAACUCCCCAUAAGGCCAUAGGUGCAGGCUAGGAGAGGUUAGGUAAUGUGACAGUGGAAACCAUAGAUAUUUGGAUCACUUUCUUAUGCAAAUUACUUGUGCCUUUGGGUCCUGCUCAGGCUUAAUCUCAUAUAUACCACUUCCAUUUAAUAAUGGAGUGCUGCUGUCCAUGUCCGACUUUAUGGCUCUACGGGUCUGACGAUACUGAGUUCGUGAUGGGCAGCUCAGGCCACAUGGUGACCUGGUGGUCCAUGGUUAAGCAUUCAGUCUGCUAAGGCCCAGUAACAAGUCAAAAGCUAUUUCUCAAAAGGAGAGUAGUUAUCUGCAGAGGAUGGCAGGGCUUUGUACCAACAUACUAAGGUUUGCACUGUGAUUCACCAAUAACAGCCUGCCAAAGACUCCAAACAGCAUCUCUGUCGCCACAGACACUUCAGGCACCAUUGAGUCAGCCAGAUCAUAUGGCCCAAGUGGCAGAGCUGUUUGCACAACUCCCUGAACCUGUUGCAGAGCCUUCUCUUGUUCUGGGCUCCACUCAAAGCUAGCAGCUUUUCGAGUCACUUGAUCAGUAGGCAGGAGUAGCAGACCCAAGUGACGGAUAUAGGGAAAUCAUUAAAACAUGGGUUUGGGGACCCACUGAACCCCCUGUGAGAUGAACCUGAGCUAAGACUCCCUUAAUAACCUGACCUCCAUACACCCACACUGUUAAAUGGUAGGUCACAGUGAUGUUUUGUGUCUCCUGGAAUUGGUUGAGCCAGUGUCCAGUAAUCCCCCAAAAGUCUGAUUAUUUCCUUUUUCCCAGUGAACAGUCACUUGUAAAAGGCCGUAGAUCCCUUCAGAGAAGGCUAGGAGAAAGAUUAACAGUGUAAAUUUUUUGGUGGUUGUAGUGGGGUCCUUCCUCAAGGGGACCCAGACUCCCUGAUCAAGUAAAUAGUAGAUUUCACAUCUAUUUCACUCUUAGAGACACCAUGUCUAAGUAGCCAAUGCCAUUAAGUCCAUAGAAGUCAGUCUAUUCUGAUUACUGCUUUGACUCUGAUGUACAUUAAGGUAAUCAUGCCCACCUUGUCUUUGUCAGUUGAGUACUCCCACUUGGCCCCUACCGCUACAGGGUCCAAUCAGCAUCACUUUAGUUAGGUAUCUUAAUUCACUUAGGGCAAUUCUCCCUAUCAAAUCUGACUUACAUAAAAUAGCAAUCACAGCAGUCUUCAAGGAUGCUGGGGCUCUCUUCACCAAUUUGCUCUUCACUGUUGUGGUAAAAAAUGUGUCCUCUGGGCAUUCCAUGUGUGGAUCUGUGGGUCUAACCUGAUAAAUUCAUUCUAACCUGGCAAUUUCCUUAAGCCUUUGGAUGCCCCCUUCUCCAAUAUACUAAGGCAGGCCUGGUACUUCAACUUGAUUUAGUGUAGGCCACCGUGUAAUCCUUGCUUCAGCAAACCAACCAAAUAAACUGUUAAUCCUUUCCUAACCUCUUGAGGUGAAACAUUGAAAAAUCUGCUCUUAGUGGACCCAUAUUGAUAAACAAUACUGUUUCAACUUUAUGUUCCUUGUAUCAUUAUUCCACACCCUUAAUAACCCUUCCCACACAUAUUCCCCAGGUUUCUGUUUGUACGUAUUAGAAAAGUCAAGCAGUUUGGAGUGUAGUGUACAUUUUCCUGAGACAUACUUUGUAUUUCACCUUUUGGGGCUUGCCGGACAUAAUUGUAGUUAUA